CCAUCUUUACUCGUUCUAUUUUACCACCAAAAUGUCUGCGACCGUCGAUUCGCACCCGACGACGCGCCAUUCGUUCGCAACACCCGGCGAGCAUCAGCAUGGGCAGCAGCAGCAGCAGCAGCUUGGCGGUGAUUACACGUCUUCUUCUUCUUCUUCCGCCUCCUCCGACAGCAGUCACAGUGGCAGUGCUCCAAGCUCCGUUGAGACUGCUUCUGCUACGGCUGGCACUCUGCUGAAUCAGCAUCACAAUGGCAAGCGUCACAAUACGACUACUGCUGCUGCUGCUGAUGAGGAAGACGAGCAGCAGAGCAACGGUGCAGAUCACUGGUACUACACGCAACCGCACUCGCAAGACCUCGCAGACUCCUCAUCCUCUUCUUCACCCGCAUCCUCCUCUUCGAGCAGCAGCAGCACUGGCGCAAACGUGCUGCACGCCAUUGCCAACGACGAUUCCAAAUCAAGCCACGCUCGCGCCAAUCUCGCACGAAGCCCCCAUGCAUCCGCAUCGACAACCCCGCAAAAGGCUGCUGCUGCGGCUGUUGGCCAACCAGGCACCUUCCUUGACGCUGCGACCUACCGCUUUCCGACGGCGAGCAGCUCAAGCUCAAACUCGGCGUCCGUCACGUCAAUGACGACAACGCCCGAGCUUGCCAUUGGCCAGUCAUUGCGCCGCGCGCGGUCGCUCUCCAAUUCAUCCACCCUGUCCGCCUCUGCCUCGUCCUCGGCACUGGACGCAGCCGUAGAGCCUCAGCCGCGCGCCAUGACGCCCUGGCAGCUGAUUCUCUGGAUCCUGGGCACCAUCACGUCCAUCAUCUCGGACGUGUUUCCAGACUUUGCGUGGGCUGCCACCGCCUACCGCGAUUCGCCUUCCAGCGGCAAUGCCCAGCACCAUCCGCGUCGCAGCAACAACGGCGAGGACGAGUCGUUGUCGUCGUCGUCGCCUCCUUCCGCCUCCGCAUCGGCGACAGGCUCAUCCACGCCCGUCGGCGGUGCCAACCCUUCCUCCCAACCCCUGACGUUCUCUGCCUUUACCGCUGCGCUCGGUGUCACUUCGAAUUCACCCUUCUCCUAUCUGACGCAGUUCUUGCCAAGCUGGCUCGCUCCCAAUGCCUCCGCUCCUGCUGCCCGCUCUCGUGCCAUGUUCGCCUCCAUCCCCUCCAGCAAACCCAGCAAGACCCCGCACGCUGAUAUCGUUCGUGCCGUGAUGGCGUCUGCGGCCGUCCAGAACGCGCUCAACCAGCGUGACGAAAAGCCGUCCACUGGCUCGUCUGCCGCCAGCAUGCGCUCACUUUUGCGCAGCAAGCGCAACAAGGACGCCGAGAAUUACCAAGAGAAAAAGCAGCGCAAGGCUCGCGAGCAAGAGGCCCACCGCAUUCUCGAUGCCAUGGCCGCCAAGCCCUCUGCCUUUAUCAUUAGCAUCUUUUGCUACCUGAUGCACAAGAUUUGGCGCAUGCUCUAUCCGUUCGGCAUUCACUUUGAGCAGGACGAAAUUGAGCGCAUCAAGGCCAUCUCCCGCAUGGGCCACUCGAUUGUGCUGCUCCCGACGCACAAAUCCCACAUUGACUACCUCAUGAUCACGUACAUGUGCUUUAUGCAUGGCUUGCCGCUCCCGUACGUCGUUGCAGGCGACAACCUCAACAUUCCCUUGAUUGGGCCGCUGCUUCGUCUGGGAGGCGCCAUGUUUAUUCGUCGCACCUUCUCCAAGGACUCGGACCCGCUCUACUCGGCUGUGUUUGGCGAGUACAUUCGCCAGGUCGUCGCUCAAGGCCAUACGUUCGAGUGCUUUAUUGAAGGAGGCCGUAGCCGCUCGGGCAAAGUGCUCCCGCCCAAGGUCGGCGUGCUUCGCUACAUUUUGGACGCGGUGCAGUCCGGCUUGGUGGAGGACGCCUACGUCGUGCCCAUCUCCAUCUCGUACGACCGCAUUGUGGAAAACGACGCGCAUAUCGACGAACUCGCCGGUGGAAGCAAAAAGAGCGAGCGGCUGUUCCCGGCGCUUCGCAAGGUCAGCUCGCUGCUCUCGAUGGCCUUUAUGGAUUUCAACUCGUUCGGGAGCGUGGACAUCCGCGUGGCCGAGCCCAUCUCGAUUGUCUCGUUUACCGGCACCUAUUAUUUGCAGCACCCUGGCAGGUUGACGCCGCCCACGUCUCUGGCGGACGCUUUUAGUCAGACGGAAGAGCAUCGUGCCAUGCUUGCGCGUCGCACCCUAGAGCAGCAACAGCAACAGCAACAACAGCAACAACAACAACAGCAACAGCAGCAACAACAACAACAAGCUCGCGGCAAACCGGACUACAGUGCCGUCAACCAAAUUGCCUACGCUCUUGGCUAUCGCGUCAUGUACGAGUGCAACCGUGUGUCCAUGGUGCUGCCCGCUGCCUUGGUUGCCACCGUGCUCCUCACGCAUUACCAGCGAGGCAUCUCCCGGGACGAGCUGCUGCACGAAAGCAACAUUGUUCGGCGCAAGAUUAUUGCGCGAGGCGGCCAUGCGGUUGCUCUGGGUCCCGAGAGCAUUGAUCUCGUCGUCAACCUCGUUCUCGAAAGCAUUGUGAGCAAAAACAAGCUUGUCAAGCGUCACAAGGAUCGCCUGAUGGUCAGUCUGUACUCGCCCAAGGAGCGCAUGGAGUUGAGCUUGUACCGAAACCAACUCAUCCAUCACUUUGUGCUCGAGGGCCUUGUCUGCCUGUCAAUGUACGCUUACGAGAAGAAGGCGAGCAGCAACAGCAAGGAGCCGGUCGGUGUCUCGCGCGAGGAUUUGCUCAGCCUCGUGCGUUAUGUGACCAAUCUGCUCAAGCUCGAGUUCAUCUACAAGCCCUCUCCCAGUAUCAUUGAGAACUUUGACGACACGAUCGGAGCCAUGGUUCGCCGCGGCAUUCUCUCGUACACGGCCACCGGCGCGCUCUGCGUGAACGAAGCGACCGAGCCUGCCUCGUCGGGCAGCAAUAAUAGCAGCCAUCUGACCCGUUCGCCCUCGGGCACCCAGAUCAGCCAGAUUGCGCAGCAGUCCACGCUCCCGAUCUUGGGCAGCAAGUCGCCGACUCCGCUGGUGCCGCCGUCCCCCAUGUUCAAGCCCAGCUCCAUUUCAAAGCCGUCGUCCAAGCGCAACAGCAUGGGCUACAUUGGUGACAUGACUGAGACGGCUGAGGAUGGCGAGGAUUUGGAUGCCGAAGAAGCCAAGGACGGCGGUGUCGCGACCUACCUCUUCCUCUGUGCCCUGUUUUGGCACGUCAUUGACAGCUACUGGCUCUGCGCUCUUGGCUUGUACACGCUGCUCCCAGGGCGUACUGUGCAGGAAGACGUCUUUCUCAAGCGCCUCCAGCAGCUCGGCGAGACGCUGUACUUUGACGGCCAGCUCGACCUGUACGAGGCAAUCAGCAAAGACACCCUCCAGAACGCCCUCGUGCUGUUUGAGAACUGGAAGAUUAUCGAGUUUGUCAAGAUUGAAGGUCUGCAGCACUCGCGCGUGAUUCGCCUUCGCCCCGAUUCUCAGAACGAAGCCGCGGUUGAGGCCCUCAUGCUCGAUAUUGCUCGCUUCCGCAAGCGCUGCCGCGGCUACCGUUCCCGUCGAUUCCAGUGCAAGCGUCGCGACGAGCUUCGUGAUUCGGUGAUGGUUGUCAAGCAAAUGAUGAACGAUUUCAAGGCCUAAAAGGGGGUUUGGUGUUUUUUUUGAGACUUUCGAGUUUAUAUGUCACAUUGUUUGUUUGUUUGUUUUGUUUGAUUGUUUUUUUCAGCCUGUUAUUUUUGUACAAUGUAUCAUUCAACGC